AGAGUAGUGUGUUGCUAGGUGGAAUUACGUCACAUCGCGCUGGAACGCAGCGAUGAUGGUGUGGCUAUCCUUGCCGCCGUCUCAGUAGUAGUGUGUCAAAAUCUCCUGUCCAGCUUCUCCCGCAUGGAGUUGCGCACUGAUCCUGUAGUUACAACCUUGGACAUGUCGAAGAGUGAAGACAUCAGAGAUGGCAAGUCAUUGGAAGAUGAUGACUACGAGAGUUUGCCACCCACUGCUUCCUUGGUGACACACAUGACAGCAGGAGCCGUGGCAGGGAUAUUGGAGCACACUCUGAUGUACCCCGUGGACUCUGUCAAGAUAUCUGGCAGCGUACACUGGAUGUGGUUUAUGACCCGAAUGCAGAGCCUGCAGCCGGACCCCAAGGCCCAGUACCGCGGCGUCUACGAAGCGCUGUGCCGGAUCGUCCGCACCGAGGGGCUGAUGAGGCCCCUGAGGGGCCUCAACGUCACCAUGCUGGGGGCCGGCCCCGCCCACGCCCUCUACUUCGCCUGCUACGAGAGGAUGAAGCGCUCGCUCAGCGACAUCAUUCAGAACGGCGGCAACAGCCACAUAGCCAACGGAUUGGCGGGCAGCUUGGCCACUGUUCUUCACGACGCGGUGAUGAACCCAGCUGAAGUGGUGAAGCAGCGCAUGCAGAUGUACAACUCGCCGUACCGGGGCCUGCUGGACUGCGUGCGGACGGUGCGGCGGACGGAGGGCCUGGCCGCCUUCUACCGCAGCUACAGCACGCAGCUGACCAUGAACAUCCCCUUCCAGGCGGUGCACUUCAUCACCUACGAGCUGAUGCAGGAGCAGCUGAACCCGCGGCGCCAGUACCACCCGGGCAGCCACAUCCUGUCGGGCGCGGCGGCGGGCGCCGUGUCGGCCGCCGUCACCACGCCGCUGGACGUGUGCAAGACGCUGCUCAACACGCAGGAGAACGUGGUGCUCAGCUCGGUCAACGUCAGCGGGCACCUCUCGGGCAUGGCCAACGCCUUCCGGACGGUCUACCGGCUCGGGGGCCCGUCGGCCUUCUUCAAGGGCGUGCAGGCCCGCAUCAUCUACCAGAUGCCCUCCACCGCCAUCGCCUGGUCCGUUUACGAGUUCUUCAAGUACUUCCUGACCAAGCAGCAGAUGGCGCGAGAGGGCGGGGCGGGGCCCACCUGAGGAGGGCCGGCAGAGCCGUCGACCCCCCUCGAGAGAGAGAGGCGGCCUCCGAUUGGAGGUUCCCGCCGGGUUUUUUGUUGUUGUUGCGUUUGUCAGUGUUGCAGUGGUGGUGUCUCUGACUCGGCGUGUUCAUCGCUCCCAUAGGAAAGGGGUCUGGAAGCCUGGCCAAUGGGAGGUGGGCAAGAUGGUCUCUAAUGCUGAGACUCAACAUGGCUCUCUAAUGCUGAGACUCAACAUUGCUCUUCUGCUGAGACUCAACAUUGCUCUUCUGCUGAGACUCAACAUGGCUCUCUAAUGCUGAGACUCAACAUUGCUCUUCUGCUGAGACUCAACAUUGCUCUUCUGCUGAGGCUCAACAUGGCUCUCUAAUGCUGAGACUCAACAUGGGUCUCUAGUGCUGAGACUCAACAUUGCUCUUCUGCUGAGACUCAACAUGGCUCUUCUGCUGAGACUCAACAUGGCUCUUCUGCUGAGACUCAACAUGGCUCUUCUGCUGAGUCUCUACAUGGCUCUUCUGCUGAGACUCAACAUGGCUCUUCUGCUGAGUCUCUACAUGGCUCUUCUGCUGAGACUCAACAUGGCUCUUCUGCUGAGUCUCUACAUGGCUCUUCUGCUGAGACUCAACAUGGCUCCAUUCUUCCUGAUCCUUCCCAUCGUCCUUUUCUUUCCAGUUUGUGUUUAUUUAUUCCAUGAGUGUGCUGUUACAAAACACAAAAAAUAAUUUAAUAACACUCCAAAGCCUUUUAUUAGGGACGGGAAGAGCAUAUCUUUUUGCAUGGCAGCUGUGUGUGUGUUUGUGUGUCUGCGUGUGUACGUGUACGUGUGUGCGUGUAUGUAUGUAUACACGUACAUAAUAUACAAAUAUCACCCACUACACUUUCUCACUCCCACAUCACUGACUCAGUAUGUACUUCCAGAAGAAUGUUUUGCUUCAUCCAUUUGUUUAUAGAUUUAAAAUUUAGGAAAUUUUAUUUAUUUGACUUGCUUUCCCGAGCUAGCAUUUCAAGGUUUCGGAAGAGACUUCCGGGUUAUUUUUUUUAUUUCCUUGUGUUGUUAUAAUUGACUGUCAUUUAACACAUUCCUGGGUCUUGCCACGCGGCAAACGUGGAACAAUUGUGCUUUGAAAGUGCCUCUUCGAUGCUAUGCUGCGUGCUACUUCUGCUUUAAGGCUUUUCAGUGCAGAUCUGUGUCCGAGUUCAACAUCGUUUGACAGCGUCUGCAGCCAUUGAGUGCUCCUAAUGAUUUUGUGAAAAAUGCAAGCGCACUUUAAGACAGAAUAGUUCAUUGGACUCUUCUUAUGGCAUGUCGUUUAGCACAACUGUCCUGCUGUGUCAUGAAAAGCUACGUUGGUCCAUAUGUGUCUGACCUAAGUUGGCCAUAAAUGAAACCUUAGCAUUUAUUUAUGUGUGUAUAAGAUUUUAGCCACUUGAAAUUGAAAAGAGCAAAUUCAGUUUAUCUUAAUGUGUCGCGGGGUUAAGUAAACAUUCUUUCGAUUCUCUUUUACCUUAUUGUGUAUUGUUUUGUGAAGUUGCCCUUGAGUAAGACUGAUAAAUUCACUCGAAAUCAGAGAGCGAUGAUUGUUUGCCCCUGCAAAUGUGAGCAGGGGAUUGACAAGAGACACAACUGGAAAUUACAGCUUCAUUUCUGUUGAGCUUGGUGCUCUUCUUUAAAAUAAGUGCCUCUUUCAUUUGUGAAUCCGGAUACUAAUUUUUGGUGCAGUAUGGACAUUGGCAAGAAACUUUGGCUGUCAUGUCACUCCUACACACAAACCACACAGCACCCGCCCUAGCAAAGUAUUCUCUUCCUCGUUGUACUUCCUUUCAGUUAGAAUGUGGGCCAGUAAUGGCCAAACCCUAUUGUAUAAAUCUGAAAUCACGCACAAGUGUUUGUUUUUUUGUUGUUAGCAUAUUGCUCUAUUGCAGCUAGCAUUGCAGAGAAAUAUCAGUUUGAAAUUUUGUUUUUUGAAAGCUUGCUAAAAAAAAGCAUCAAUUUUAGCAGGACUGAAAAAAGGAACUUUAAAAAUGUCGAUGCUUUAUGCGCACACACCAAAAGGGGGCGCUGGUGCUGCAGGCAGGGACGGGCGCGUUUCACGGCGUUGGAAAAAAAGAAAAACAUCUGUGAUGUUUUCACGUGCAUUCGUUUUUUCCCCCAUAUUGCAUGUGCAUUUUUGCUGUCUAUUCGGAGCUGUGUGAGCGUAGAAUCCUGUCCUGAUCAUGACCUAGGUGCCCCAUGACCUCAUAGCUUAUUUUGCUGUCCGUUGUCUGGGCUCUGUAGUUUACCAGCACUUACAGGGAUGUUGGAAGCCGUUGCAUGGUGGCGCAAUGCGAUUGAACGGGCUGACGCAGAAAUGCUCAGCAGGUUGGAAGGAGUGCAUGCUGGUUACCCCUGUGCUUCUGUCGGCAGUCCUCCCAACCUCUCCACCUCUCCACCUCUCCGCCCUGCAUCCUUUCCCUCGGAAGCCUCACAUUCCAUUAAACAUGACCAGAGUCUUCGGCAGGCUGCAAGUUCUGUUUGUUUGGUUUUAAUUAAAUACUUAAUGUAUCCCUGCAAAGGCACAUAGUUUUCCAACGAUAUUACUACUUUCGGAGUCCCCAAAAAUGAAAUGCUCCAUUUCAUAGUGCUGUGUGUGUGAGUGAGUGUGUGUGCAUGCCAUUCGUGUGUGUGUGUACAUUGUGCUUGCAGAUCUGGAGCUUUAAAGGUAUCACAAUCAGUUUACUUAGUAUUUUUGAGUACAUAGUGUAUAUACUGAGUAUUUAAGUUGCAACGGAUUUAAUCCAGUUUGCCUUCAUAACCUUAAUGGGACACUGAACUACUUCAAUCUCACCUGCCCAGGCUUGCAUAAAUGGAAUAUACUCUAAUGUAUUGUAAAUAUGUGAACAUUGAAUAUAUAUAUAUUUUUAUAAAUUAACAAAUAAAAUAGGUAAUAUAUUUUAUUGUAUAUUUACCCGUAUGUUGUACAGUGUUGUAAUAUCUUGACAUAUAUUAUUUCAAUAUAUUUUCAGUAUAUUCAAUUUCUGUAAGAGCAGGAAUGGGCUCUCCAUAGGUAUGUUGGAUUUCAGUGACAUUAAUGUGCUUGUUUUAUCAUUUGAGUCACUCAUUUUGGGGGCAUAGUGCCUCUUGCCUUUCAUGUCCGCACAUAUAUGUUUUGGCUUGGGGCUCAAAUGUGCAUCAUCACCAUGGAAACAGUGGCCUUCUUUAUGACUCACAUGACUCACACUAGGGAGCUGAUACUCUCUCUUUUUCUUAACACUUUGAAAAAAACAUUUUUUUUUUUUUUUUAACUUUUUUAUUUAUUUAUUUUUUUGAGAGGAGGGGGGUGUUGAAUUGUAAAUUGUGGUUGUAAGUCUCUUAGCUGAAAUGGUGGGGGGCUUAUGCAAGACUCGAAUGUACUCUGCUCCCAGGUGACAGAUGUUUGCUGGCUGUUUGGAAAUUCUUUGAUAUGUUUUAGCUUGUUUCGCUUAAGAAUUAAAUGCACCUUUAAUUGUUUGCUGAACCUCGCAGCCAUUUCUCAAAAAAUGAAAGUGAACUGCAGCCAUUGAUUUACCUGACAGUCGAUGAACGUGUACAUGAACAGCUUGUUUAGAAUAGUUAGUACGUUAAAAAGAAAACCUGCUAAUAUAUUUAAUAUACAAUUCAAAAUGUUCUCAUUGUAUUACUGCAGUCUAAGAUGUGUUUGUCAUAGUGGCCAUUUUGGCAUUUUAGAUUCAUUUUUAGUCUCUGAUAAUGCUGGACAAAGUGUAUAUCGUCAGUCCCGUUGAGAUUUUAUUUCAAAUCAAGUGGAGUACCUUUAAGAAUAUAUUAAAACAUGUUUUCAAGAUGAUUUGGCGAGACCGAAAAGAAUCCUGCUAUAGAAAUGAUAUUUGUACACUUGCGCUCCAUGUAUUGUUGGAUAUAAGGACUAUAAUGCGAAUAGAGAGGUAUACUCCUUAAUUCUUUUCAUGCCCUUUUUUUUUACUAGCCCUCUCAAUCAGUUUAAGUUUUCCUGGUUCAGUGAUUGGGAAUAGUGAGUUCUUUCCAUCUAUACAAGCCUGGUUCAUUUACAGUACUCCUUUCAAGUGGCCUGACUACAUUGACCAAUUGCUGUGAGGAGAAACCAAGAAGCAAGACACUUCAAGCCUUCCUCCUAACUUGAUAUGUGAAAGAUUUCAUUCUCAUAAUUAUGCAAACUGUGCUGUACAUUGUUUUUGCCCUUUAUUUUAUUUUAUUUUAUUUUAUUUUUGGAGAAAUGAAGAACUUUGGGGAAUUGUUUGUCAUGUAACAUUUAAUGCCGCUUUCUUGCGCACAAUGAAGGGAGGGGAAGAGUUGGACGUUAUUUUUUAAACAUAGAGUGCCAUUUAUAGAACAAGGAUAUUUUCUAUUUGCUGGUAAAAGUGAGAUGCAGAUAUUUUAUGAUUGUGGUAAUGCUGCUACAGUUUAUAACACUGGAGCUGAAAUAAAAGUACUAAAUAAUCA